AUGUCCCCCUCAAAUCCAACCCUCGAUGCCUGGGAAGCAUGCAACAAGAUCGAUACAGCCUUUGUGAUGACUUGUUGUGCCUUCUGCUGGCCUAUCAUUCCCGCAGUCGGUCUUGGGUACUCUGGUUACAGCACUCGAUGGAACAGCAUUGCCUCAUUCUACCCAGCUCUCAUCGCCGUCUCUGUAUGCACGAUACAGUGGUGGGCGAUCGGCUAUGCUCUGGCUUACGGUGAGGGUGGAGCCGUCGUAGGACCGUUGACGACCGCCUUUCAUCGAGGCGUUGGUGCCGAUCCUGUUGGGACUAUCCCCGCAAUCCUGUUCAGCUUUUUCCAGCUGAUCUUUGAGGCAACGGUUUGCGCAAUCGCGAUUGGUGGCGCAUCGCACAUGGUUUGGGGAGGAGGCUUCCUCGCUGAGCUCGGAGUUCUUGACUUCGCUGGAGGAACGCCAGUCCAUAUUAACUCGGGCGCAACAGCCACGGCGUUAUCUUUGUACCUCUCCUAUCCAGUCGCUCGCUCUCGAAAGUCGGCAAACCGAACACCCAGUCACCUGGCUUUGCAUAAGCCACAUAACACCAUCUGUCAAAUGAUCGCUCUGAUUAUCAUCUGGGGGAGUUGGCUGGCGUUCGAUGCUGGCACAACUCUGGCAUUGAACUACAAGAGCGUGAUGGCUAUGGUCGUGACAAAUGUCUGUGCAAGUGCGGGAGCUAUUACCUAUGCAGUAUACACCUGGGCCGAAACAGGGAAGUGGGCAGUCGAUUCUGUGUUCCUGGGAGCAAUUGCUGGACUGGUCAUGAUCACACCGUCUGCCGGCUUCAUUGGUAUUAAUACCGCUUUGUUUUUCGGCAUCUUUGGUGCUCUUCUGACCCGGCAAGCUCUUCGUAUCAAGUUCACGCCUUGGGCUCGAAAGUGGCGCUGGGUAGACAAUGGGGACACCUUUGCGACACAUUGUCUGUGCGGCUUUGCAGGGACCAUUGCUACAGGCUUGUUCGCGUCGAAAGAAGUCGCAUCCUACGAUGGUGUAACUGAUAUUACUGGCGGUGUCGUCUUCGAUGGCAAUAUUCGUCAGCUUGGCAUCCAAGUGCUGGAGGCUUGUAUUGGGUUCACUUGGUCAUUCGUGGUGAGCUGGCUGUUGUUCGCACUAAUCGACUGCGUUCCUGGUCUGGAAGUGCUGUGCACCAAUGACGAGCUUCUGAUGGGUAUGGAUGCCGCCCAGAUGGAGGAGACAUUGACGGAGCACCACUGGACGGAUGAGGCCGAGUACAAGGCAAUCGAUGCUGCGAAAGGCCCUAUAUCUAUUGCAUGA